CCUGACCCCCUUCUGUCUGCCAGUUUUAAGUAACACCAGAUUAAAUGAUUCUUUAAACUGAUUUAAUUCUUCAUUAUGAGCGAAGACAAACAGAGUUUCCCGCCGCCGCUCCGCACCAGACUCCAUUCAAAAAUCUGGCAAAUUAUCGUUUCACCCGUCCUGUUGAUGCACAUGAAACACGAUAGAAGAGGAAACAAAUUUGAUGAACACGUUCACGUUUUGUGGUGAAAUCGGCAGCAACACAACAGCAGGGAAACUAAUCAACAUGUCUGUGCAGGUGUGGUGCUUGUCGUUCCGGCAGCCGUACGCCGGCCUGGUUCUGGACGGGGUGAAGACGGUGGAGAGCCGCUGGAGGCCCCUGUUGGCCCCGCUGGAGAACCAGACUCUGGCCAUCCACAUUGCCCGGCGGGACUGGGAGGGGGAGGAGUGGAGGGCGGUGCUGAGCGGCCCGCUGGGAAUGAACCGGGCUGAGAUCCAAGCGCUCCUGGACUCCGGAGAGAGGUUCGGCCGCGGCGUGGUGGCAGGAUUGGUGGACGUGGGACGGACCUGGCUGUGCCCCGCCUCCCCGCAGGAGGAGGAGCUGCAGCACCUGGAGCGGUCGGCCGUUCUGAUUGGUCUGCAGGAGAAACACCUGACUCACCUGUCCAACCCUCGCUGGCUGAAGGAGCCGCUGAGCGCUCGAGGAGAUCGCGACCUCUGGACCAUUGAGAUCCCCGCCGAGCUGUUACCAUGACAACGAUCACAAAGAAGAAUAAAAGUGACUGCAGCAGCGAAGUGAUGCAGAUGUUCCUCAUUAAAGAGAUGCGACGAAACGCUGCGUCUGCUGCAGACAGUUCAGCUUUGAUCCUCAGUCCUGCAUGAGGACCAUCUGAGCAGCUGGGAUCUGGUUUAUGCUGAAACGCCACGUGUGAUGAUGACGAGUGAAGAUUCAGCUCACGGUGGUGUACGGAGUCACAUCGGUGUCACUGUAAUUCAGGAUUUAUCUUUAAAUGUUGAGCACAGAGGCUGGUGCUCACAUCUGGGUUUCAAAAUCCAGCCUCAGCAACAGAUCCUGCCACAGACUGAUGGACUCCAUGCCACGCCGCAUCGCCGCAGUCAUUCAGGCAAAGUACUGAGUGCUGCACAUGCUCAUACUUUUCAUGCGCAUACCUUUCAGUUGGCCAACAUUUCUAAAACUCCUUUUUUUGUAUUGGUCUUAAUAUUCUAAUUUUCUGAGAUACUGAAUUUGGGAUUUUCAUUAG